ACGGCCAUGCUGUCGCACAAACGUUUGUGAAGGUGGAGGCCACUUCAGGGGACCAUUAGGUCUCAGGGUCGUCUGAGAAGACCAAAGAAAAUAUCCUUUCAUUUUUUUGUAUUAUUUUAUUACAUAAUUUGUGUUUUGGUCGACUUUGUUUUUAUAUCAAUUGGCACACGCGAUGGGAUACAUUGGGCAUAUGAAAAUGAACGCUUAAAGCCAUAUGGGAAAACGUUCGUUUCAAAAUAAUACAUCGAGGUGACAUGGAGCACAGGGCGUGGAUUACCUAAAGAGACACCAGAGCUCGACGUUCAGUGCUGCCCGCUGGCCCGGCAACAUCUGUCUAGAACGCCGGGACAGUUAAUCUAGACGCCUGGCCCGGCGUAGUAGGCCUAAAUGAUCAAACUCCAAAACAGAAAAAAUAUAUAUAAAACAUUGACGACGUCUGACGUUUCACACUUAGUAUCAACCAGCAUUCGGUUUCUAAGCAAAUCAAAUACAAAAACAUUCCCUCUGCCUUACUUGAGUGAGCCCCGCCUGAAUAGACUACACCCUGGGAACUCUCACCAAGACCCGUCUCAGCGGAAGCAGGAAGCUCGUAAAUUCAUCAACGCACGCAUUCAAAAGUGUUCCACCAGCUUUUCCGUCUUUUUUUCAUAUCACAGUGAUGUCAUUAUUAGCAAAGACAUGUUUACAUAGACCUACACUGUAGAGCUGCUUGCUUGUCAAGAAAUGACUAUUAUUUACGACUAUUAAAUCGUAUUUAUGACUAUUAAAUCACUUGUUGUCUAAAUACAAAAUGAAUAUUGUAAUAAUGCUAUUCUGUAGUCAAGGCCUGUGCUAUAUAAUUUUUUUUUGAAACAGAUUGAUUUCAGAAGCUGUUCAUGAGCUGUCGUUUAUUUAUCAGCUGAAUUUUAACCGUGGCAAGAAAAAAAAUCGUGAGCACACAACUCAUCACACAGCUGAUGUCUUCUAAUAAGCCCAGUCACUGCUAACAUUCCUAAAUGCAAUCAGCUGCAUCAUUCUUGGGAGAAGACAUGUUUACUGUUGCCUUGUUUUCCACUUUAUAUUUAAAUAAGCCUACACAUCACACUUCAUGUUUUUACAUACUUAAAACCAUACUAAAUUACUUAAAAUCAGAAGUAAUUAUUCUUAGUUAGUCAUACAGCUGUAUUGACUUAAGUGACAAAAGAUUGCAAUAAAAUCCUCCACCUCUUCCCUCUCCUCCUCUCUCACUCCCCUUAUCAUUCAUCCCUCUCUCUCCUCACAACUCUUACCCAUUUCUUCUUCACUCUUCUCCAAAUGUAUCUUGCCACCUCUCGCUCUUUCCUUUUCUCUAGUUAAAUGGCGCAAUGCUAUUGCCGGUGGCGACGGGUGCUCCUGUGCCUGUGCUGUGCUCCCUGUGUCCUGGUAGGGUCUCUCUGUGUGUAUAUCACCCUGGCUGUGUGUUAUGGUAUGACCACCAGUACAGGCCUGAGCAGCUCUGCCCCCAUCCUACAAAUUCUACCAGAGAGCUUCAUUGCACCAGGGCUUACCAGAAAUGACUACCUGGCCCCACACCCCACCAACUCCUUCUGGGACCCCAAGCCCCACGGAGGGGCCCUCUGGAACCGGCUCCAGCUACCCAUUGACCGCCAUUACAAUCCCAUCCUGAAGCCCAAAUCCAGCAAAGAGCACAAUGACCAUCUUGAUACCAAUAAUAAUAAUGCAAACUAUUUGCGGCUUUCCCUUCCCACCUUGAGUGCAGGGUUCUCUGAGAUUGGGAACUUGACAUCUCAAAUGGAUGGUUUUCAGGAGCUGCCCCUGCAGAUGCAGAUGUUUGUGUACUCCAUGCACUUCAGGGACUACCCUGUCCUCAUUGAGCCUGCUAAACUGUGUGGACGUGGGCUAAAGAAGGGGCAGGGCCCUCUCCUACUGCUGGCCAUCAAGACCCAGGGCCUGAACUUUGAGAACCGCCAGGCCAUCCGGCAGACAUGGGGCUGGGCGGGGUGGGUGGCAGGGGCGACGGGGAAAGGCGGGGUGGUGCGGAGGGUCUUCCUCCUGGGGAAGAACCAUGUAGAACCCCAUGUGGACAUCAGUGAGUUGCUGCAGCUGGAGAACCGCCACUACGGGGACAUCCUCCAGUGGGACUUCCACGACUCCUUCUUUAACCUCACCCUGAAGGACGUACUGCUGUGGGACUGGCUCUCCACCCGCUGCCCCCUGGCACGCUUCGUCUUUAAAGGGGACGACGACGUCCUGUUGCGGACCCCUGCUCUCUUAGACUACCUCCGGGAGCAGACGAUCCAGUCAGGGGGGCCCGGGUCAGAGGGUAUGAAGGGAUUCAUGGUAGGGGAUGUGAUACGAGCGGCUGUCCCCAACAGAGUCAACUCUACUAAGUACUUUAUUCCUGAUAGUUUCUAUAAGGGGCUGUACCCUCCGUACGGGGGUGGGGGAGGUGUGGUGUACUCAGGGGAGCUGGCCCUGCGGCUCAACCGUAUCUCCCGGAGAGUUCACCUGUACCCCAUUGAUGAUGUCUACGUGGGCAUGUGCCUCCACAGGCUUGGGGUCCACCCCAUCCACCACCCCGCCUUCCUCACCUUCGACUUCCCCAAGAAAGAGGGGGAAGAGCAGUGUGCGUACCACACGAUCUUACUGGUACACAAACGUAGCCCUGCUCAGGUGAUGAAGCUGUGGUCGGAGAUAAUGACGAACCAGACAGAGUGCAGCAACACCAUCCUGAGAAUGGAGAAGGAGAAAAAGAAUACACUUCUGAUAGAUCCUUUUAGUGUGAAAGACAACGAGGGACAGGAACUUCUGAUGGAUCCAUGGGAUAGUUCUGGAAAUUCAGCUUUAUAGUGAGGUAAUCACUGACUGGUUUAAAACUGACAACGGAUGGAUGGUGAUGAAGGAAUGCUACCACUUGAGAAUAGGGAAGAGCCUGCAGGACCUUCUGAAAUACCCUUGGGGUAUGCUAGAAACUUCCACUCCACACUGAGGUAACCACUGACUAGUUGUUAUAAAACUGAAGGUGAUUAAUUGACUAUCGAGAAGGCAUGCUGCCAUUUUAGAAUGGGGAAGAUGCAGGGCCUUCUGGGAGAACAACAGGGUACACCUGGAAACUUCCUCUCAUAGUGAGGCAUUCAGACUGGCUUUCCUAUUAUAGAAAACAGACAUAUGGUGAUUGACUAUCGAGAAGGUGUGCUGCCACUUGACAAUGGUGAACAGUACCAAUUAUUACUGUAAACACAAAUGUUCUUUUUAAAUUAAUAAACAAUGCUACGUUUGA